GUUGAAAACGUUGAAAAGUACAGCCCGCAGGAUAUGCCAGGGGCGUGCAAAGUGUUGUACAGUUUAUCAGCAAGCAGACGAAAGGAAACAUCUGAAGAAAGUACCGAUCAGCAGGAGGGUGACAGUGAAGUGUUCGUAUUCUGUGUGUGAUACCGAUUCAAUCUGGUGUAGUUUUUUUCCGUGACUCCUCUCGCAUAUGGUAGGAUUGUGUUUCGAUAGUGUGCCUGUGUGUGAAGACCCAGUGCGUGUGUCAAGACGAGUGGUGGUAGCGGCAGUCACAAAGGUUGCGCCAUCCGUCGAGCAAACUGCGUUCUUUCCAGAUUGUUCGACCACAAAAGGAAGAUACGCACCACCUUUGCUCCACAUCGCGUCGCUUUCUCUUAGUACCGGUGUUUUCGGAAAAUUCUUCCCCAUCAAUUUCCUUGUUUGAAAGGCCGGGCGGGGGUUACCAAUCUACCUGUAGCAAAGAAACCGUAACCGGAAGAGAACCCAAACUGACAGUCACACUGCCAUCAACACAACACUAAAACCGCACAUACCUUCACGCGUCGCACCAGUCGGGUACGGAAUCCGAUCUUGCCGGUGCGUAGUCGGUGGCAGUCGAACGGUGGAGGAGCAGGAGAGAUCGAGCAGAUCAAUCGGGACAGACGUCACAGCGCGGGUUGACAUUUUAUCGUCGAUGAGUACAUUUGCCCGAAAAGCCGGGCGCACUAGCGGAUCGUUUGCUCGUCGUUCGUUCGUCGGCUGUCCGUGUUGAACGACAUCCGGCGGCGGCGGUGGCGGUGGCGAAUGCGUUCGUCGGCGGUUUCCGUUGGUCUCUGCAGCAAACAUUUCACUCCGACACCUCAGCUUCCGCCCGAAUUGAACGGACUGAUGAACGCUCAGCUUCCUGCGUCUCCGUGCGAUGGAGCAGCAUAACACGUGAGCGAAGACACACGUAGUUCAUUUGUCGUCGACACGGAGCAGGUGAUAGGAAGUGGCGAACAGUGGCACGGUGGUCCGGUGCAAACGGCGACGGAGGCCUUGGGCGGAGAAGUCGCUUCCACACAGCCUUCCGUCGUGACAGCUACGACCAUGCCUCCGCACACCAGCAACCCGCACCAGCAGCAGCAGCAGCAGCAGCAGCAACAGCAGCAACAACAACAGCAGCAGCAGCAGCCGCAGCAGCAGCUAGGACAAGCAGCUAACCAAACGCAAGGAGGACACCAGCAGCAACAGCAGGGUCAACCACAAACUCAGCAGCAACAUAAUGUCGCUGCUCGCGGUGGCUCUGGAGGAGGUGCGGGGGAUGGCCCUGGUGGUCGUAACUCCGACCGGGAUAGCAAUGGGAAUCAGCUGCAGCCGCAAUCGUUGCCACCGGUGUCCAACCACCAGCAGCAAGUGAUGCCCCACGUAUACACACCGCUCCCGGCAUCGGCUUACAUGCAACCGGGGCCGCACGGCAUGUACCCGGUGCAGAUGCUUCCCCAGACCGUGCCAAACAAUGUGUACGUGAGCAAUCUGACGGCGAACGUGAACGUGCACGGGUACAUGAGUCACGCGAUUUCACCGUACCUGACGGCGGCCACUCCAACCGGCGCGUACAUGGCGGCCGACGUAGCCGGUGGCCAGGACCUGCAGCUGGUGCAGCCCUCCCCGGUACCGAUGUCGACCCGGGGCACGAUGCGCCGCGGGGGACGGAACAGCCGCGGAGGAAACAAUUCCCGUUCGCGCGGAGGUUACGUGUCGCAUUACAUUCAAAAUCAGCAUCAACAUCAGCACCACCACCAUCAGCAGCAUCAGCAAGCGCAUCAACAGCAGCACGGUAUGCUAUCGCUUCAGCAACAUCAGCAGCAUCAGCACCAACAACAGCAACAGCAGCAACAACAAGCUCAACAGCAACAGGCAGCACAGCAGGGAGGAGGCGGUGGUGGUCAACAACAGACACCGACUUCGACUAGUGGCGGAGCUCAACAACAGCAACAGCAGCAACAACAACAGCAGCAACAGCAACAGCAGCAUCCCCCGCCGCAACAUACACCGGAACUGAUGCAUAUGGAGCCACCGAUGCCUGGCCAGUACGGUGGAUUUGGAGGGCCGUACUAUAUGCUGUCACCACACCCGGCCGCCCAGCAUGCCACCGGUGCGCCGCUGUUCAUGACGGCACCGCACAUGCCGAUGUACAACUACACGGCCCUGCACGGCUACCCCAGCAUGAUGGUGUCUUACAUCCCGCCCGAGUACUCGAUGUACGACGACAAGGGUGACGACCAGUCGGGUGGUGGCCAGCCGGGCCACGACGAAGGCGUGCUGCACGCGGGAGUCGCGCCGGGCCAGAUGUGGCCUCCGGGUCAGCUGUCGCUCGAAUGCAAUCCCGAGAUGGGCGAAUAUCUGCAGGCCGGAAUGUACGAACCACAGCAAGCGAUGCCGCCUCCGAUGGCCCACCAUCAUGUGCUCGAUCCGAACGUGCCCGGUUUCACGAUGCAGAUGGCCGCUGCACCCGUACCGAUGCAGGACGAGUACGAAAGCCUGCAGCAGGGAGGACCUCCGCAGCAGGAUGACUACAACGGAAACAUCCAUCCAGUUAGCUCCAACUCAUCGAUGCAUUCGCCGGUCGGAGUUGUUACUUCCGUUGCCCAACAGCAGCAGCAGCACCCUCAGCACAACAUGGGCUACAUGGUGCAAGCACAGCAAGAUCUUGGCGGACAACCCAUGCUGAAUGCUGUGCAGAUGGAAUCAGAGGUGCUCGUUGAAUCGGAUCAGCAGCAGCAGCAGCAACAGCAACUCCAGCAUCAGCAUCAGCAACAGCAUCAGCAGCAAAUGAUGGAGCAACAUCAACAAACCCUGCCGACAAUGGACGCUUCUGGGGGAGUGAAUAAUAAUUUCGUCGAGCAGCAGCAGCAAUAUAUGCAGUCCCAUCCAUCGCCUCAUUUCGCCGGAUCGGUCGCACCGCCACAGCAUGCCGCUCUGCAGCAACAAGAGCAGCAGGAGCAGGAGCACCUGCAACAUCCACACGCUGUGCACCAACACCAUCAGCAACAGGCGCCAGCUUCUGCAGUGAUCAAUUUACCGGAAUCACAUGCAGUGGCGUUCCAGCAUCCGGUCCAGCACAGCUUGGUUGAUGCUGAUGGCAAUGAUGGCAACAAUAACAAUCGCAAGCACGAAGAAACCUCACCGAAGCUUGCCGAAUCGUCGGUCUUUAUCUCCAACUCGACACCACUGCCGCUGUCCACUGUAAAUAUGAGCAACAAUGCGCCUCCUUCCUCCCACCAAUCGGCACCCCAGAAUCAACAGCAGCAGCAGCAACAGAUGCCAGGGGCUGUUUCCAAUGCUAGUGGAAAAGGCUUGACGCAACACGUAACAAAUGCGGCCAACAAAAUGCCACAGCAGCACCAGCAGCAGCAGCAGCAUUUGAAUGUGCCAAAUCAGACAUCCCAGCAGCAGGGAACGGCAUAUCAGCAGCAGCCGACGGCCCAGCCUGCGCAAUCCGCACACAUUGUUGGCUAUGCGGCGUCGGUAGCGGCGCAAGAUCCUACGAAGGCGAUGGAAAAACUAACUCUAAAGGAGGAUCGUCGUGCUGCUGCGGGUGGAAGUGUCGCUGCCCCGCCGGCCGGUGGAGAAGGAGGUGGUAAUGCUCACCGCAGUGUCGGCAGCAUGGUACAACAAACAACGCCACCUGUUGCAGCUGGCGGAAGUGCCUGGGUGACGAACAGUGGAGGAGUCGGACCGAAGAAGAGCACCGCGUCUGUGUCGGUUUCGGCCAUACCAAACAAAGAGUUCCCUGGCUCGGCUGGUGGAGGGCAUCAACAGCAUAAAACUGCCUCACCGGUUCCAUUUACGGCCUUAGGUGCUACGGCCACUCCGCCGACCUCCAAGCAAACGACCACCGCAACCGGUCAGAAAAACUUCCCCGAUAACCACCACCAGCAGCGUCAGCACACGACCGUGUCUGGUGCGGCCGGGCAAACCGUGUCGUCCCCAGCCGGUGGACAGCAGAACACCUCCAGCACGGCGGUGCCACCGCAAAUGGAGUCGAAAAAAGUGGAAGCGAUUCCCCAGCGUACCGUUUCUACGACGGCCUCAUCUGCGACGUCCACCACUGCUAGCAAUAGUGCCGCCCCAGAUACUGGCAGCACCGCCGGCAAGAGUACCCAUCCCAACCACAACAAUGAUUCGGUCAUUGUACCAACCGCCCCGGUACCUUCGGCGAACCCUGCUACGUCUAACAUGAUACCUUCCGGUGGACCGCCACCGCCGCAGCCGAACAAAACGUGGGCCAGUCUGUUCAAUUCCUCGUCCUCCUCAUCCUCGUCAUCGGCGGCCUCUGUGACGUCGUCCUCGUCCUCGGUGGCGGCAAAUACCGCUGCUUCAACCACAGGAUUAUCCGCGGGAGCAGCGAGCCACCAUCACCCAUAUUCCGGACCGGCACAACAGCAUCAGCAGCAAACAGCAGGGCCUGGUGGAGUGAACUUUGCACCACCCGUCACCCGUGCGGCAUCGGCAGGAGGGCCUGCCGGACCCCUGGGGCCGAUUGUGGGCCAAAGUGCGGCCAAUACUCCAACAGCAACAUCAUCACUGGCCGGAAGCGGUAGCAGCCCUGCCACCGAUGGCGGAGCUGCUGGAGGCAGUGGUUCUAAGAAACCCGUGGCCAAGGUGCAACCGUACGAAAGAGGCAACCUUUCGGCGGCCACCGGCGGUGGUCCUAUGUCAUACUCGUCGGCUGCUGCGUCCACUCCGGGUGGUGCCCAUCCUAACUCAAGUGCCUCAACCAGCGUAACCGCUUCGUCGGGAAAGGGUGGAAAGGGUGGAGGUUCGUCUGGGCAGGCUUCCAAAAAUACGAACUCCGUAAGCUCGUCGAAAGAGAUUGGAGGUGGAGCAGCGGGAGGUGAUCAGAAGGACGAGUACUCGUUGAAAUUUGGUGAUUUUCUUAGCGCAUACCGCAUCGAGAACAACAACGUCAUUCUUACGCCCCGUGGGUUGAUCAACCGGUCGAAUUACUGCUACAUUAACACCAUUCUGCAGGCGCUCAUGGCCUGUCCGCCGUUCUACCACCUUAUGCGCACAAUACGCACGCUGCAUGCGGCUAAAAAUACAAAGCAUCCGAAACCAUUCAUCGAUGCAAUGUGUUCGUUGGUAGGCGAAUUUUCGCAGUUACCCCUGCGCCCAAAGGCACAGCGAGAAAAGCCCAAAAAGGAUGAUACGCCUGAAAUUCAGGUCGAUACACCGUUCGAGCCGGUUGGCAUACACAAGAUUCUCAACGGGGUGCGCUCGGAUAUCUUCCAGGUCGAGGGUCGGCAAGAGGACGCGGAAGAGUUUCUUGGCUGCGUGUUGAACCGUCUCAACGAUGAAAUGAUUGAGUUCAUGAAGUUGAACAAACCCGAUCAAGCUGGAGUGAACGGAGAAGAACCAACGAAUGGCGAGAUUCACGGUGAAGACGAUGAUGAUUGGAUGGUCAUCUGUGGCAAUCGCAAUAAGGGCACGGUAACACGCACAACCGAUUUCGGUCGUUCUCCGAUUAGUGACAUCUUCGGAGGCAAGCUUCGUUCUCGCGUGCAACGCGAUGGUGUCCCACCGACGUACAACAUUCAACCGUUUUUCACCCUUCCACUGGACAUAGAGAAAGCUGCCUCCGUAAAGGAAGCGUUGGAACAGUUGGUUGGCCGUGACGAGUUGGAGGGUGUCACCUGUACGAAGACGAAACAAGAAGUGGCCGCUUGGCAACAGGUAACACUGGAGCAGCUCCCAGUGGUGCUAAUACUGCAUCUUAAGUGUUUCGACUACAAGAUGGAUGGAUGUACAAAAAUCCUCAAGGCAGUGGACUUCCCGAUCGAAUUGAAGAUCGAUUCUAAACUAAUGUCCUCGAAGGGCAAAAGCUAUUCGGCGAAGCAAAAGCAGUACAGACUGUUCGCCGUGGUGUACCACGAUGGCAAGGAGGCAUCGAAGGGUCAUUAUAUUACCGAUGUGUAUCAUGCCGGGUACGGAAGCUGGAUACGGUACGAUGAUAGUACGGUGAAGCCGGUGUCGGAGUUUAAUGUUCUGCGCCCGCGGACACCGCGCGUACCGUACCUGCUGUACUACCGCCGAAUGGAUACGCAUCACCUUGAUACGACCGGUGACACUGGUGGUCGCCGUGGUGGACCCAGCGGAGGGGACGGUGGUUCCGGUGGUGGCCGUGGUGGUGGAUCGUCCCACUCGAGUGGAGGCUCCGAGAGGCACAACUCGCACCAUCAUCAUGCUAACGAUCACGGUAGAGGAGGAGGAAGUGGUGGAUACGGGGGAGCAAAUAGCUACGGAAGUGGCGGCGGUAAUCAUUAUGCCAACAGUGGUAGUGGAUACGGACACAGCAACAGUGGCCACUACGGCUCAAAGUGAGUUGUGAACGUUUCUCACGAGCAAAGGUGGCAAGUGGAGCGUUAUAAUCCGACACCAAAGCGCACGGGGGGCGGCAGACAAGUGAAGGGUGAUUGAGGAGACUGGUAAGCUGCUGCCUUCUUCUUACCCUUUGCUCUCCCGCACUUUUGAUUAGGUGCUCGGUGCUGAUAAAAUACAGAAACGAAAAAGAGAAAAAACACUAAACAUAAGACGGCCGCAGUUGAAGAAAAGAAUUAACACACGGAUUAAGUGAACGAACGAUCGAAUUGCUAAACACUUUUUCUUAACCUAUGGGGACACAUUAAAGUGUGCAAAAGAAAAUUGUAACGACGAUAUGCUAAUAAGCUAGUCGUUAAAAAAAGAAGAAAAAUUAGUGAAAAACCAACACACACACACACACUAUUAUUGCUGCAAUUGUUGUGUGUUCGUGUAUGCUGUGCUGCGUUAUAAGGUGCGUGUGUGCAGUGAACGAAUUACUAUGAUCAAUCAGCUACAACUUGGGAAGCUAUACGAGUUCAUCAGUGCGAUUUGCUGCUCCGUUGGCGUGCGAACGUGUUCUCUUCUUCCCGCGGCGAAUCAUCUGCAAAGGAUACCUCGUAAUUCGUGCAACGUUCCGCUCGGAGCCAGAAAACGCAAGGUUUUAGAAGAAAACGGUGAAUGCGAAACGUAGAAUUAACAAUCCAAUCGAAUUAUACCAGGGAAUUAACGUAACGGUAAACGGUGAGCUUGUUUUUGUUUUCACAUAUUCAUUAUUGUUUGUUUGUUUGCAGACACACUUUUGUUACUAAUCGACAAUUACCUCUUCCCUCUGAACGUCGUGUUCUUCUAGAAGCAAAGGGCAUAGGAGUAAUCAAUACUAUUAUAUCAUCAUCAUAAUUAUUAUUAUUAUUAAUAUUAUUAUUAUUAUUGUCACCCUAGAGCUGUUGUAAUAUGUAGUGUUAGUUCAAAGCUAGUAGUGGGCUUUCAAGGUAACAAGAACUCAAACGAACAACCAACAAUACCAUCUUCCUAUCUCAGUUUACACUAACCACAACACACUUGCAAACAAAUAUCACAUUUUACGAAAUGUGCGCGAAGGAAGCUCUUUUAUCUGAAGUGAACUUCGUAUACAAUGAGAGUAAGGUAAUGAGAGUUGGGUUCUAUUCACCCAGAAAGUGCACCAAUGUUUGUGUAGGAAGUGGAGAGAUUUUUUCAAAUAAUUAUGGGUGCAAUUUGAGGGAUCCUCUUCGUCGUAAGGAGGAGCAGGAGGAGAGUAGCUGUAGUUCAAAAAUACCGCCAAAUAAUAACUGCACGUGCGGGAGGAAGCGGAUUGGUUUGAUGCAAAAAAGGGGAAUGAACCCCGGAUCUGGUCGAUUCGAACCACUUCCUCCCGUCGCACAAGCAAUCCACAGAUCAGGUACAGAGUGGGGUUGAACUCGUUAUUCCUUAAAAAAGAAGAAAAAAAAAAAAUAACACUGUAUGUAAGACAGACAGGCACAGAUAGAAUUUACAAUUGUAGUAACAUGUAUGAUUCUUUGUUACUUUAAAAAUAAUUGCGUAUCCUUGUAUUUGUCCUGUUAGCAACACACAAAAUACUAUGACAUGUAUAAGUAAAUCAUCUCUCGCUCUAUCUAAUACGAACCAUUCUUCUGAAUUAACUUCUCAAUAUUUCCCAGUGAUCGUUAACCCACACACUGUGCAUGUACAUAGAGCAAGCUAUAAAAAGAAAUCAAAAUAAAAUUGCGGUCCGAAGAUGUAGAGCGCAAGAACUGUUUAAUAUAAUGUACGUAUAUCCUAGUACUUGCGGUUAAAACCUUGUAGUUAGCCAUAGUUAUAUGAUGUAAAUAAUAGAAGUAAAUCAGAAGAAAAGGGGGGAAAAAUUAGCGCUCUGAAAUGCGUACAGAUUUGAAGUAGAGAAAAUUUAAAGCAAGAUUAGGGGAUUAAAGCCACCUUAUCUAUUAUUAUUCUUUUAUACAAACAUUAAUUAUUGCGUUCAUUCACAUUCGUAACAUUUGCAUAAAAAUUAAUGCUUCAUUUGUCGGUCAGGUUGAAGGAAUUGUUCGAGUUUUUACACAGAUGUGUAUGGUUUUUUUUGUUAAAUUGCCCACAUAGUCUACACAAAGUUUAGAGAAGUUACUAGAUAUUUUGGAUUGCAUCACUCAAAAUAAAAACGGAACAUGCAGUACUUCAAUUAUCCACAGAGCACCAGGAAGAAAGUUUACCAAUUGAAACAAAAUUCGAAACUACCAAGGAAGAACGUGUUGAAAAAAUUAAUUCCCCCUUUUUGUUUAGUGAUUGCGUCCGUGAUUACUGACGGCUUCGAAGCCGAAAUAUGGUCUGGUUUUACCUCUGGUAUUAACUAGAAUUUUUGUUUCUGAAAAACUCUCAGAUGAAAUCAGCGUGAAAGGUAAAGAAGUUCAAUGAAACUAGCAGAAGCGUAUAGGUAGCUCGGGCUGUGUAUAAAGUUAAUGGUUUAUUUAAUUGGAAAGACAAUUUGUUAACAAAGGUGUUCGGGAUUCUAACGUAACCCAAAAAAAAGGCAAUACCUUACCAAUGAAGCAUGAUAUAAUUAUGUACGACGCUGUACAUUACCCUACGAUAUGCUCGCAAAAAAAAAAAAAAAAAAAAAAUCGAGAGGUACAACCUUAAAGCUGGAGCAAACUUACACCAUCGACUUUUGGUGAACUUGGCUGCAUUCACGGGGUUGGUUUAUUCUUAGGCUAGUCAUUACACUCCUUCAGUUCCAGUUGGCAAGUUUUCCGUUGGUAGGUUGCAUUAACCCCUAACCGUUGCUCUAGGCGUUAUCAUUCAUUUGCAAAACAAUCGAGAUAAAUAUUGAAUAAGCAACAUUUUGUACGAUUCGCUUACCCUCAAGUUGGUUUCUGUUCAGCUGGUAAAAUUCCUCUUCCCCAAACAAACACAAUAUCUCGACAGGAAACGUAUUAUCGAAGGGCACUUAAAAGGGCCCCAUACGAAUAAAUGAGCGAAGUAAAGUAGUAUAGAGGAAACGCUUAGGGUAAACGAAACAGCGGUGUAAGAUGCAUGAACAAGAGCAUGUUUGGCAUGGAUUAAUUUGUUGUUCCUUUGUAUAGCGGUGCGACUCUCAAAAUAAAACCUUUAAACAAGGUUAAGCGACAGAAUAUGCCUAUGAUAGUUGCGUAGGUGAACGAUGGAUAGAAUCAGUAGUAUGCAUAUUGGCCGAGCUCAUGCAGAAGAAGAACGAGGAACAUCUAAAAGCAACACAUUUACACAUAAACAACGCAUAGAGGGCACAGAUGUGAUGCAGGGUAUAAAUACAGUAUACUAGCCAAAUAAUAUAUGAGCAGAUUGCUGAACGAAAUAGUUAGAAAGUGGCCGGUUUGGGUAAUGGCUCACGUUUUUGGAAAAGUAAGACCAAUAAACCAACACGGUCAUUUUAGUUUGUGCUCGCACAUGCAGUUGAGGAAAAAAAAACUCGGGAGAGCGUGCGCAGGAAGGAUGGGGUAUAUUUUUGUUUGUUUGUUUUUAUUAUCCCCUCUUUUUGCUCCACUGUUAGUUGAUGGCGCUAGCAGAAUCAUAGAAUUUAUGCGAAUAUGAAACUAAUGAACUUUGAUAGAGACCCUCCCGGUUUGCGUGUACGCGUGGUAAUAUAUAUUAAAAUAUAUUAGAUAAGUGCACUUAUUAAUCGUUAUAAGUAAUGUCUUGCGUGAUGAUCGUAUCUGAUGUGGGUGUGAGUAGUUGCGGUGACGAUACAUGUAUGGGAAGAAUAAUGCGUGUGUAUCGGUAUAAGAAAAAAUUAAAACAAAGUUAAAACAACAAAAAAAAUGAAUAAGAAAAGAUCACCAUAGGAGAACAGUUUCCAACAAACCUAAAACAAAUGCUUAUGAGGAAAUCACGU